AUUAAAUACAUUCAAUUCACAUAUAUUAAUUUAUAGCUCAUGUUUUAAUUGCGAUAUAUUGAAAAUGCAUGAAGGUGCAAUUUCAUAGAGCGAAAAACAAACCUCUAAAAUUUUCGGAAAGUAAAUGUGCGAAUAUAAUAAAAUUAGUUGAAUCCAUAUCCGUUAUUAAACGGAACGUUUAAACUAUUUAACAUAUUUGCAUUUUGUAUUUAUAUUUUAAUUUAAAGAAGGAACACAAUUUUUCCAGACUCAAAAAAUUGGGAUAUAAAGUGAAUUAUGGCUUUUCAUAGUCGACGAAAUUUCAAAGUUCAUAGUGGACAUUUAAAAAUCGGACGAAUGGCCUGUUCCUUGUGCAAUAAUUAUGUAAUGGGUAGCUCAUUAUAUGUGAUUAUUCUGGGCCUCAUUGGGACCGUAGUCACGGCUUUUGACAUAAUACGCACAAUAAAUUAUAAAAUUCCUAGGAUGUCAUCACGCCAUAGGAAUAAUCAAGAAGUGCCCUUUACUGUCGAGAGAGAUUUGAAGUUAAUGACGUCGAUCCUGGGAAUCGAGCAUUAUACUUUAAUUAUGUUAGGCGCGAUUACAGUAAGUAAAAAAGUAUUAAAAAAAUAA